UUGUUUCCUUCCCUCCUUUUAUACUCAACGCAUCUUCCUUCCUUUUCUUCCAUUCCCAUUCACAUUCUAUUCUUCAACGCGUCUUAGCUUCCAUUUAACAUUCUCAAACCCUUUCUUCAUUCCAUUUUCAAUCUUCAAACCUUCUUCAUCUCUCUAAUUUUCAACUACAUCUAAGAAAACAUUCUUCAACACAAAGAGAAAAUGGCCUUAGAUCAAUACAUGGACGAUACCGUCUCUCAAAUUGAUACCUUUGAAGAGAAGCCAUCUUUGAAAAACUGGAAAACCUCCACGGAUGUGAUUGCAGAUUCUGAUAGAAAUGCAUCUAGUGGUUUUGACUGUAACAUCUGCCUGGAUUGUGUGCAAGACCCAGUUGUCACUUUUUGUGGUCAUCUUUACUGCUGGCCUUGCAUUUACAAAUGGCUUGACAUACAAAGUGGCAUCUCUUCCGAAAACGAGAAGCAGAAGCCACAAUGUCCGGUAUGCAAAUCAGAACUCUCUCAAUCCUCGCUAGUUCCAUUAUAUGGCCGUGGCCAAACCAUGACUCUGUCUGAAGGCAAGGCUCAGCAAGUAGGGAUUGUCGUGCCUCGAAGACCUACGGGUCCAAGAUCAUUUAAUCCUACUACUGUUUCACAGCCUACUUAUCAAAAUUAUCAACAUCCUCGGCAAUUCAACUCAAUUCCGAGCAGUUACCCUUCACCGAUGUUUAGUACAAGUGGUUCGGCACUAGAUAACACAUAUGGAAUCUUUGGUGAAAUGAUAUAUGGAAGGAUGUUUGGUAACCAGAUAGAAAACAUGUAUACAUAUCCUAAUUCUUAUAGUUUUCAAGGGACCAAUAAUCCAAGGAUGAGAAGACAUUUAAUGCAAGUUGAUAAAUCACUCAACAGAAUCAGUUUUUUCCUCUUUUGCAGCUUAGUUUUGUGUGUUCUCUUAUUUUGAAUAAUUGCACUUCAUUUUCAUCUUUAGUAACAGUAUAUGUAUGUAUCCUUGUAUAGAUUAUAUUCAGUAUUCUGAUUUAGCUUGAGAAUUAAUGGUGAGAUGUGUAAUUACUAGUGUCAAUUUGAGCAUAUAUGAAAUAUAUGUUUGUAACUUUGUAUAACUACAGUUGCUAUUUUAGUUUUCCCCUUUCAGCUUGUUACAAGCCAAA